GUAGAUAAUUAUUGCCGUCGACCUCACAUCGAGAUCGUUCCCCCUCCAGCGGUAAUUGAACGCUGUGGGUUUUUCACCGGGGCCCACCCCCCUCAAUUGACAAUGGACUUCUUGAGAACGCAACCGUUGCCCGUAUUUCCCCCGCGCAACACUGCGAAAACCGAAUACGGAUGGCUGGGAAAUGCCUGGGUUGCAAAGUCCCGGGCCGUGUCCGGGUGUCAGCCCAAGUGCUGCCGCAAUUGGGUUCACAACAGCAAUCCUUACAGUUUUCGUUUUACUGCGGGUUCGAUGGAGCGUUAUGCGCUCCGUGCCCUGUUGUGCCACCUCGAGAGAGAGACGUCCUCGACUGAAGAUUGGUGUUUGUCCCACAUCAGAAACGUCUGGGACAUCUUGGCCCUCGCCGUUUUGCACGAUGAACCAGGGGUUUUCCGCUAUUGCAUCCGCGCCACAUCUCCGCUCGAAGGCUGGGAACCGUUCACUCCCUGGCUAUUCUAUUUUCUGGAGUGCGCUUCCGGCAAAAUUAUGGUCAAAUUCCUCACAAUCCUCUGCGAGGAAGGCGUCUUUUCCGUCGACAUGAUGGAAUUCGCAUUUAAGCACAAUAUUACCGGAAUCCCCGAUCUGAUUUCGCAACAGCGCCCCGACAUCACCAGCCAGCACUGCCUCCUCCGGGCUAUUGCACUUGAGAAGAACGGCACGGUAUGCAAUCUUCUCAGUCAGGGAAUCUGGCAUGAUCGUGCCUUUGCUACCGCCGUUGGGACCCGAAAUGUUUCCGUCUGCUCACUCUUGGUUGGAUUUCUAUGUCAGCUUGGUUUUGGAGACCUGUGGCAUUAUUUCAGAAUGCGUCCCGAGAGCAUGCGGGCCAUCCCGCCUGAUGGCUUGCGUUUUCUCCAUGGGACAUGGACCUACUGCUGCGAACCCAACAUGGACCGCACCCCCAACGGAUCCUCUUCCCUUACGUUCGAGGACUUUUUGGACAACCAUUCCAGUGAGAAUUGCCACGACUUUCCGUGGGAUGUAUUUGGCCGCCACCUUCUCAACUUCAGCGACAUAAUUCCAUCUGCUCAGACCUUCACGGUGCGACGCCGAUUCGAUGCCGCCCACGGGUCCUCGUCUCGGCGGAUGAUGGGAUUGGGGAUCGCCUUUACCUUGAAGACCUUCUGUUCUGAGUUGGUCGGCUUCGGUGACCAAAAGUCGGGCGAUCACCGGCCUCCCGCUCUUCAGAAUCUGUGUCAUUAUCGGCUUGUGUGGAGGCAUGGGAUCCGCGCCAUUCGACGUCUGAUGACCGGCACCCCGCCGAGAACCGGAUACGAGAUGUUGACGUUGCUGAUGUCAACUUACGCAAUGGCUGUCGCCGGUUGUAGUCCACUCCAAUCGGCUUUUGAUAGAGUUCAGUUCGUUCAAGACUUAGCCCGAUGGAGGCACGUUUUAUGUGUUGACCAACAGCAAAUUUUCGAUGUUGUGACAGCAGUUCUGUGGGACUUUGACCCUAGUCAAUGGAACAUGUCUUUCCCCUUGGUUCAACCAGACGAACUGUUGCUGUCCUUCCAAGACUUUGUCAGACAGUUCAUACCGACAAUUCCGAAGCAGGGUUCCAGACCUCAUGACCAGGAGAUGCCUUACCAAGAAGACGAGCUACACGCUGUUUUUGGAGAGCCCGACUACCGCAGAGGUAUUGCCUUGGUGAGGGGGAGGGGUAAUGCCCUUGGUGGCAGCGGUAGUGGUGAGCUGCUACCCUCGGAAUUUAUGGACCCUCCUUGCUCUGAUGGGUCUUUCACGACCUUGGAGCAGGGCUUGGAUGUCCUGACUUCCCUGGCUAUUCUCUAUGACCCUUUUUGGGAAUCAGGGCCAGACGACAGCCCAACACCGGCGAUGUUGGGAGCCUUUGUUCCCGUUGACGACGAAAAUGAUGAUGGAGAACAUCACCAUGCUUCCACUCACCCAGAAGAACUGUCGUCCGAGCUCGUAGUCCUAUUAUUAGCAUCCGUGGCCAUCGGCCUGGUCAUUUUGGCCCUUCUAGCUUGUCGUCACGGAGUGGACAGCCAUAUAUUUGGCACCAUCCUCUCGACGUACUUGACUUUGGCUCGUCCAUUGGAAAAGAGCUACUCCCUACUCAAGGCAUUCUUUCUAUCAGCCUUCCCAGGAACAACCAACUUUGCCGAGCCGCACCCGAAUGCACCCUCUUUUCAGCGCCGACCUUCAUUCGCUACGAGCAGCGGUGAGUCUCACAAUGUUGUUGUCACCUCGCUUCACCCCGAUUUGGGCACCGUAGAGGGCCACCAUACAACCCUCCACAGCAUUCCAUCAUCUUCUACACCAUUCAUGGAAAACAGGUGCGUUGCCCCAUCCUUGAAUCGGCUCAAUUCCCCCAUCACACUGACCCCUGAGCGCCGUAAAAUAGUUCGAAUUCACCCUCAACAUUUUUCGCAGCGCCGCCAACAGAUUCCCGCCUUUCUUGCCCCGACUGUUCCAAGACGUUCCGUACAUUGGCCGCUAGAAACCAGCACCGCAGGACAGCUUGCAAGAAACUUAAGUGCGAACGGUUCCCGUGCAGCAUUGUGGGCUGUAACAAGUCAUUUAGCACCGUUUUCAACCGGAAAGUGCACGAGUCGGAGAGCUGUCCUUGGAGAGACGCUGUGUAGUCUGGGGUUGGUGGCUUUUUUUUCUUGUGUUUGGCGUUUCUAGUUGAUCGCAGUUCCGGCCGGGAAAGGGAGGGGGGUGGGGGCUGAGGUUCCGGGCCUCAUAGUUUUCUUUCUUUCCGGGCUACCCGAGGCCCAUUUUUGAGGGCAUUUGUGCCAUGAUAUUGCCUGUUUAAUCCAAC